UACCCAGAGCCCGCCGUUUCCUGUGUCCUUCUCUCUGGCGCGGCGGCGUGGCUGGAGAACGAGGGAGAGCGGCGGUUAUCCCCGGAGGUGGUUGCUGUGAGGGUUUAUGUUUCUGCUGAGGAGCUGAAGCGUUUUAGAGCCUCCGCCUGCUUCUCCGAGGGUUGCCAUGGCUCAGAGCCUGAAGGACUUUGCUGGCCGCCUGCCUACUGGCCCACGUGGGAUGAGCACCGCUUUAAAGUUGCUGCUGGGUGCUGGUGCUGCAGCCUAUGGUAUCCGUGAAUCUGUCUUUACAGUGGAAGGUGGUCAAAGAGCAAUAUUCUUCAACCGCAUUGGUGGAGUUCAGCAGGAUACUAUUCUUUCGGAGGGACUGCAUUUCAGAAUUCCCUGGUUCCAGUAUCCAGUAAUUUACGAUAUUCGAGCCCGGCCCCGCAAAAUUUCCUCACCAACAGGAUCCAAAGAUCUGCAGAUGGUGAAUAUCUCCUUGCGUGUUCUAUCACGGCCCAAUGCUGCAGAAUUGCCCAGCUUAUAUCAGCGACUUGGACUAGACUAUGAAGAACGGGUUCUUCCUUCCAUUGUCAAUGAAGUACUCAAAAGUGUGGUAGCAAAGUUUAAUGCCUCACAGCUCAUUACCCAAAGAGCUCAGGUAUCUUUGCUUAUCCGACGGGAACUGACAGAGCGAGCAAAGGAUUUUAGCCUUAUACUAGAUGAUGUAGCCAUCACAGAGCUGAGCUUUAGCCGAGAAUACACGGCAGCGGUUGAGGCCAAGCAAGUGGCCCAACAGGAGGCUCAGCGAGCACAAUUCCUUGUGGAAAAAGCAAAGCAGGAGCAAAGGCAGAAGAUCGUUCAGGCAGAAGGAGAAGCCACAGCUGCUAAAAUGAUUGGAGAAGCCCUCAGCAAGAACCCAGGUUAUAUCAAGCUGCGCAAGAUCCGUGCUGCCCAAAAUAUCUCCAAAACGAUUGCAGCAUCUCAAAACCGUGUGUAUCUUACAGCUGACAAUUUAGUGCUUAAUCUACAGGAUGAAGGUUUUACUAGAGGAAGCGACAGUCUCCUGAUCAAACAGACAAAGAAAUGAAGUAGCCGUUGUCUCCUUGAACCACACAGAUGACUGACAGAAUGGGGAUACUGGGCUGUUUGGAUAGCGCACAUCUUUGGGGUCCACAGAUAUCCUUUUGGGAUUUCCUUUCAGUUGUCAUUUUCACCCUUGUCAACUUCCCAACUCGUCCCUCACUAAUGGACCCUUUCUGGCUAAUGUGGUUCCAUUUUUCUGAGAAUAUCAGCAGUAGGAAUCAGCUACAGAAUUUGAUUUCAUGCUGCAAUGGAGUUCCCUUAGAUACUUAAUCCCAUCCUGAAGGAUCAGAUGUUGGCUGGGGGAAGCAAAGGGGUUGCGUUAUGCAAUUUUCUCUAUCUGGGCUGAUUUUUAAGUAGAUCAAAUUGUCUUUGAUAGUUCCUGAUGGGUUGGUGUCAUGCCUUAUAUAUAAAAUCCCUGGCUCUUCCAUUUGUCAUUUCUGGCUGACCUUUCCCUUCACUGUUCCCCACUGAACAUCUCAUCUCAGGAAUAGAUGGGUCACAGGACUUUUGCAAGUGCUGUGAUAUUUUAUCUAUGUAACUUCUGUUGCCUUGUGAUUCACAUCUUUAUAAAAAUAAAAUCAGGUCCAAAAAUCUUCUGAUAGAAGAUUCUGAUAUAUUUAUUUUCAUUUUUAAGGGGAUGGAUUUUUCACAUCAGAGAGUACUUAUGCAAAAAGGAGAAAAAUUACCCAUCCAUCUGCUUUUAAAGAUCACUUCACUGUAACAUCUACUUGUGUUAAAGCAUGUGUGUAGUGGGGAGGAAAUGGAAGGCAGGUGGCAAUGCGUUGCUGUAGUUCUCAGUAGACCACUGGGGUUUUCCCCAUCUUCUUUCAGAGUACCUGCAUUUUCCGUCUUCCACACAAUAAUAUUUUCUUUUUAUCAGUUUUUGCUGUUCUAUUUGGAAGUGGUUUG